AUUUGUGCGUGUGAGAUUAUUACACUAAGCGACAAAUAUCGCACACUCAUAGAUACACUUCUUAUUAUAUAUCAAACAAACGAUUGUAAACUUGUUAUACGUGUUAUUUGCUAAUUUAGUUUGGCUGUAAACUUCACGAGACACAAUAAAGAGCUAUGGUGGAACUCCAACGCGAAUAUCCGUUUAUACUCGGACUGUUUUUAAUGUGAGACCAACACAAGUUGCACAUGUGCUGCUUCCCAGUGGAUAUUUUGCUCAAUUCAAACAAUUUUAAGCUCUUCAUGUGUUCUGCCCUCAUCUAGGCUGUCAAAAUGAAGCAAACCGAUCCUGAAACGCACAAGGAGAGCCUCUAUCUGGAGGUGUGCGGAGCAAACGGAGCUGUUUCCCUCCCCCUGCACUCCUCCAUCGUCCUCUUCCUCCUGUCCUACAGCGAAUGCUCAUCUUUUCACGUCUGCCUGGUCACAGAUCAAGCAGACGUCCUGCAGUCCCCGUCAGCUCUGGUGCCCGCCGGUCUCUCUGUUUCUGCACUGAGGAGGGACGAGCUGCCAGGCCUGGUUAAGAUGUGUCGUCUGCCGGCCGCUCUGGAGUCUGAUGUCGGCUUUUGCCGAGCCGGCCUUGCUGUCGUGCUCAGACACAUCAUUCAGAGAGCAUGCCAGUUGAUGCCCGACCGCAGGGACGUGGCGUCACUUUUGGGCUUUAAAAACACCUGCCUCAAGGCUUGUGCUGAGGUUAGUCAGUGGACCAGACUUUGUGAGCUGGAAAUUCCCUCUGCAGUAGAAAAACAUUUACAAAACCCUGAAGAUGAGACGAAUCGACUUCCUCCUGCAAUUAUAAACUUGGAAAAGAGGUUAGGGGAGCCUGUCAAAGUUCACAACGAUGACAAGAUACGUCGGCAGAAGCUACAACAGCAGAAGAAGAGCGAUUCUCAAGUAAAAGAUGCCGAAAAGGAACCCCAUCCAAAUGUUGAGCUCAGCGCUGCUCUGGCCAGGCUUUCUACAGAUGCAGUUUGUCCUCCAUCCAGCAGAGAGCACUCGGACAUCAGGAAAGUCAAGAGCACUGAUCUGCCAGAGCUGGAGCAUGUGUUUGCUGAGGGCCUGUAUUUCACUCUGACCGAUGUCGUCCUGCUGCCCUGCAUCCAUCAAUACCUGAUCUCUCUCCGAACUCACUCUCCCUCCACGCUAUCCCAUCUGCCCUUACUGCUGAGAUGGUACCAGCGCACACAGGAGCUCUCCGGUGUACUGAGAGCCGCAAAGGACUGUGGGAUGGUCUUUCUUACCCUCAGUGCGGCCGACCCUUGUCUUACCCAGCAGGACGCCCCCCCACAAGCCAGCGAAGAGCCCAAACCAAAGCAAGAGCCCUUCAUCGGGGGCCCGAGGCCAACACUCACCAAACUGCAGGAAAACGGGAUAGAUGCUAUUUACUCUGCUUACCCUUGCCCUUUACGCACUGUUGAUUGGGAGAGCCUACCGGCAGCCGUCAACCCCUCUGAAGGUAAGAUGUCAGACAGCCGUGCGCUGCGCAAACAACAACAGCUCGACAACCUGCUGGCGAUGGUGUUGAAUCAGGCCCAGCCGGGACACACAGUGGUGGAUUUCUGCAGCGGAGGGGGGCACGUUGGGAUUGUUUUGGCCUACAUGCUUCCUAAAUGUCAGGUUAUCCUUGUUGAAAAUAAAGAGGAGUCUCUGAUCAGGGCCAGAGAAAGAAGCGCUCAGCUCACAUUGACAAACAUCGGCUUCAUCCAGACUAACCUGGACUAUUUCACUGGAAACUUCAACAUCGGAGUUGCUCUGCAUGCGUGUGGAGUGGCGACAGACAUGGUUUUGGAUCGCUGUCUUCAGGCGCGGGCUGGGUUUGUGAUCAGUCCUUGCUGCUACGGGUUCAUUCAAAACACACUCAAGUUCAACUUCCCCAAGAGUGCGAGGUUUGCGGAGACUUUGAGUUAUAAGGAGCAUAUGAUCCUGUGCAGGUUUGCGGAUCAGACGGCUGUCAGUUUACCACCCGAACGACGCUCCAUCGGGAAGCGCUGUAUGGGACUGGUGGACCUGGACCGCAGCUGGGCAGCAGAGGCUCAUGGGUAUUCUGUGAGGGUGAUGACCAUGAUCCCAAAGGGAUGUUCACCUAAGAACAAUAUGCUGGUUGGUGAACCGACAGGAUAACACAAGCUCACUGAGAAAUCCCUUUUUCAAGAUGAGAUAGGUCUACAAAUAUACCUCAGCGGGAAUGUUUAAAUGAUUAUUUCCAUUUUUUUGUGUUUCUUUUCAAGUUUUAACAUGAUUGAUCAACUAAAAAUUCAUCAUUUACUCAUGCCAGUUUUGUUUAAGUGCUUUUUUAUGAGCUAUAAAAGGAGUAUUUUUAAAAUAAUGUUUGCAAUAGGAGUAAAACUUGGAUUACAUGGAUUAAACUUUUUUAUGCAAAAUAA